AUGAGACCCGUUCUACUCUCCGGGCACGAGCGUGCUCUCACUCAGGUCAAGUAUGCGAUUCUGCGCCAGGAACAAGACCCAGACAGAGCUAACAUCUGAUGGUGCAGAUUCUCCAAAGAAGGCGAUCUCCUCUUCUCCGUCAGUAAAGACCACAUCAUCUGCGCCUGGUACAGCGCAAACGGUGAGCGCUUCGGCACGUACAAAGGUCACCAGGGUGCGCUCUGGACAGUCGACGUUGACCCCACUACAACACUUCUUGCAAGCGGAGGAGCAGACAAUACGAUCAGGUUAUGGGAGGUUAAGACUGGCAGGCUACUGAAGACGUGGGAGUUUGGAACUGCGAUCAAGCGUGUGGAAUUCUCAGAAGAUGGGACACAAUUACUCGGUGUCACGGAGAAGCGCGCCGGCCAGCUGAGCACAGUUGUGGUCUACGACAUCAACCCGGACCCAGAUGCGGAGCAGAGGGACGAACAGGUCCUGCGCAUCGUCGUAGACGACAUUCCCAAGGUUACUGUUGCUGGAUUCUCCUACCUCAGCAAGUAUAUCAUCACCGGACACGAGGACGGCAGUGUGUCUCAGUACGAUGCCAAGAGCGGCGAAGAACUCAUCCACACCUUCCCACACGAGGAUGGCAUGCAAAUUACCGAUCUGCAGUGGAGUAAUGACCGGACAUACUUCAUCACCGCAUGCAAAGACAAGUCCGCCAAGCUCAUCGAUGCGAACACACUCGACGUGCUGAAGACGUAUGUCGCGGAUACUCCUCUCAACAGCGCCGCCAUCACUCCACCACCGACCAACUACGUGAUUCUCGGAGGUGGUCAGGCUGCCAUGGAUGUCACCACUACCUCCGCAAGACAAGGAAAGUUCGAGGCCAGAUUCUACCAUAAGAUCUUCGAGGAGGAGAUUGGACGAGUGAGAGGUCAUUUCGGUCCUUUGAACUACGUCGCUGUGGACCCAACUGGCAAGUGUUAUUGCAGUGGCGGCGAGGACGGUUACGUGCGUGUGCACCACUUCGAUCCUCCGUACUUUGACUUCAAGUUUGAGGUCGAGCGUGAGCGAGAGCGGGAACAGCGGAAUUAA